ACGGAUGCAGAUUUUGCCACAGGGAAGCCCCCCCGCCUCUUCUUGCCGGCGGCUUCUUCCGGGAGCGCAGAGCGAGCCGUCCCGCCCUGCCCCAGCUGUUUCUCUCCCGUCCCUGCAGCCCUUUGCCCCGGGAGGUGGCGCAGCCGGAACCCCGGGAGGCGGAACUCGUGCGCGCGUGGUCGGCGGGGCCGCCCGGGACGGCUUCGGCAGAACGCAGGCCGGGCAAGAUGGCUGCCGCCAUUGCGGACCCACGUGGGAGCAGAGUCGCGGCCGAGGAGGCAGAGGAGAGCGGUUCUGAAUGGAGUUCAGGGCUCCCAGAAGACAGCUUCUCUUCAGAAGAGGAAGCAUUAGAAGGUGACGAUGAGGAUGAAGCCCUCUGCACUGUGGAUGAAAAUUCAGCCAAAUCCAAGGCUGGUACAAGUACAGGUUGGGCAGAUGCCAUGGCUAAAGUGCUCAACAGAAAGGUCCCUGAGAGUAAACCUACUAUUUUGGUUAAAAAUAAAGAGUUGGACAAGGAGAGAGAGAAGGAAAAACAAGAAAGGCUGGAGAAAAAAAUGAAGCUUGAUAAAAAGCGGGAGUGGGAAAUGAUGUGCAGAGUCAAGCCAGAUGUUGCCAAAGACAGAGACAAAGAGAGAGAUCUUCAGAGAAUUGCCACAAGGGGUAUUGUACAGUUAUUUAAUGCUGUCCGGAAGCACCAAAAUAAUGUUGAUGAGAAAGUAAGAGAGGCAGGGAAUUCCAAUAGAAAACGUGCUAAGCUGAUGUCUUCUGUUUCAAAGAAAGAUUUCAUUGAUGUACUCAGAGGUAUGGAAGGAACAAAAAGAGAACAGAAUAUUGCUAAAACAGCCAUAAAGAAGAAACAGGGUGAAGUAAAAUCUGAUGAAGGGCCAGCUUGGAAUAUUCUGCGUGACGACUUCAUGAUGGGAGCAUCCAUGAAAGAUUGGGAUAAAGACAGUGACCAGGAAAGUGAUGCUGCACAAGACAACAGAUUAAGGCAAGAUAAUGAAAAUGACUAAUGGAUGGGAUACUACGAAAGAAUGCUCAAGAUAAAAAAAAUAUUAUCUUGUUACAUUACUUGGAUGUAAAGAACUCUACAUUCUGUGAAUGCACAAUGUUUUGGGGAUUGUAGAGAGACUUUUUUUUCCAAUUAAAGCAGCAGCUUGCUUAGGUUUGGGGGUUAUUUCUUAUUAGCUUUGAACUUUUAUUUAACGUAACUUCGUUCACUGUACAGAAAUCCUAGAAAUAUAUUUUUCCAAAACAUGUAUAAUUGUCAGCAUGUUUCCAAAACAUUUGUACAGUCAAAACAGUGGCACCUGCCCAAUGAAUGAUACCUUUUGCCAAGGUUAUUAAAAGUUUAUGUAUUAGUCAUGGUGGUUGACGUAUUAUUGCGCUUGCAUUUCCAAAUCAAUGUUGGACAUUUGCAAAGGUGUUAGCAAUUUGUAAUAGAAAUGACUUGCGAAGUGAUAGCAUUUUUUGUGUUUAUUGUGAAGUUAUCAGUCUCUUACAGACUCUAUAUUAUGUUAACCAGGAAAUGUUUUGUAAAUAACAAAGAAAAGUAACUGUUAAUGUGAUCCUUCUGGUUUCUGAGAAUUGAUUUGAUUGGAGACACCAAUAGAAACUUAAUUUUUUUUAAGAAGAGAGCGAUUCAUCCCUAUUG